AUGGAGACCAGUCCAUUUCACAUUAUUGAGCACUCGAUCCCCGGUCAGCAUAUUCGCGAUCACCACCACGCCAUCAAAGGCCGUCAAGAGACCGCUCUCCGACUCGCCAUCAAACAAUACAUCCCUGUCGACCGACCCGGCCCGAUCCCCGAGCAUGCUGUCACGAUUAUCGGGGCGCACGGCACAGGCUUUCCCAAAGAAAUCUACGAGCCACUAUGGGAAGACCUCUAUGCCCAGCUGAAGCAACACUCCAUCCCGCUACGGGCCAUCUGGGUCGCCGACGUCUCGAACCAGGGCGCCAGCGGUGUCCUGAACGAGGAUAUCCAGGGCGAUCAGACAAACUGGUUCGACCACUCCCGCGACCUCCUAUACAUGGUUAACCACUUCCGCGAGGAAAUGACCCGACCGAUGAUCGGAGUCGCCCAUAGCAUGGGAUGUGCGCAGCUAGUCCAACUCUCGAUCAUGCACCCACGCCUCCUCUCGACCCUCAUCCUCAUCGAACCCGUCAUCCUCGACUUCGCCAGCCGCACCGCGGGCCGCAGCCCCAACCCCAACCCGUCCCGCUCCGCCGCCCUCCGCAAAGACCUGUGGCCCUCGCGCGCCGCCGCCGAAUCCGCCCUCCGCAAGUCCCUGCUGCGCCGCUGGGACCCCCGCGCCGCAUCCCGGUACCUCCACUUCGGGCUGCGCGAGCUUCCGACCCGGCUGUAUCCUGCGACCACCACGCCCUCAACCCCGGGAGACAACAGCAACAACAGCAGCAACGCCACAGAAAACGCCCAAACCCCGCCACCCACCCCGACGAAAGCAGUGACCCUAACAACCACCAAGCACCACGAAGCAUGGAGCUACAGCGUCCCGAACCUCGAGCCCGCCGCCGCAAACCUCGACCCCCUCCUCCUCCCGGACUGGGACAGCGAAUUCGAGCGGCCCUUCAGGGUCUCCCGCCCGGAGUGCCAGAUCAGCAUGCGUAAUCUCCCCUUCGUGCGGCCCAGCGUGCUCUGGGUGUUUGGGGGCCGGAGCUAUCUCUCGCCGCCGGCGGAGCAGGACAAGAAACUCCGGUUGACGGGGUCCGGGAAGGGCGGGAGUGGGGGAUUCAGGGAGGGGAAGGUGGAGAAGGCGGUGCUGGGGUCGGGGUCGCAUAUGUUGGUUGUCGAGGAGGUGGGGUGGUGCGCGGAGAGGAUGGCGCGGUGGUUGGGCGGUUGGUUCGCGAGGUAUGAGGCGGAGGAGCGGUUUUGGGGCGGUUAUCGGUCGAAGAAGUCGGAGGGGGGCGAGAUGGUGAGGGCUUCGGAGGAGGGGUUCGAGGCUUCGGUGGGGGAUUUGGGGGAGGAGAGGCCCAAGGGUAUGGGGAGGGGGAGGGGGAAGUUGUAG